AUGAAGGAGCUGGAGCGGCUGGAGGCUGCAGGAACGGGAGGAGGCACCGCGCGGCAGGCGCUCUCCGGGAGCGCGGGAGCGCCCGCCAUGGGCGCGGCGGGCUGCCGGGUCGACCCGUGCGGCGGGUGCCCGGAGCAGGAGGAGAAGGAGCGGGGCGACUGCCCCGACCCAGGCGCGAGCCGCCCACCCGGGCUGGACCGCGCCCCCAGCAAGGACCUCGCUUUCGACGGCCUCCGGCUGCCCCGCGCCGCCGCCGCUGGCCGGAGGCCCCACGAGGGAGCCCAGGCGUACGGCGGGGACCACCUGGCCAGCUCUCCGCAGAGCGAGCUCGAGGGCGAGGCCCAGGCGUCUGCGAACUACUUCCAGCGCGAGGCUGGAGACCCCGGCGGCCCUUUGCAGGGCAGCGCGACCCGCACCUUCAGGCGGCACGCGUUUCCGACGGGCGCGGUGUACGAGGGCCAGUGGCUCGGUGAGCGCCGGGAUGGCCACGGCAAGCAGCACUGGCCCGACGGCGCGAGCUACGAGGGGGAGUGGCGCUCAGGUGGCGCCGAGGGCAGGGGCGCGUUCGAGCAUUGCAACGGCGACGCCUACAUCGGCGAGUGGCAGACGAGCGCAGCCCACGGCCUUGGCGUCUACAGACAUCACGACGGCAGCGUUUACACGGGCGAGUUCCGCGCCGAUCUGCAGGAUGGCCACGGUGUCCAGGUGUGGCCCGAGAGAUCCAGGUUCGAGGGGCAGUUCCGCGGUGGCAAGAAGCACGGCCAUGGCACCUACGUCUGGCCGGACCUCUCGCGGUACGAGGGCUCCUGGGUGCGGAACCGCAUGCAGGGGCCUGGCAGGUACACUGGGAGUGACGGCAGGCGCUACAGCGGCAUCUGGCAUGAAUCCGCCAUGCACGGCUGCGGUCAGUCCACCUGGCCCGAUGGCCGGCGCUACCAGGGUCAGUACGCCAAGGAUCAGGCCGUCCGAGCGGCGGAUCCGCUCCUGGUCGGGCCGACGCUGCUCAUCUGCAGCUCGCGCUGCCCCGAGGUGCCAGCGUGCCCUCCGUGCCCCGAGUGCCCGCAGUGCCCUCAGAUGGCGCCCACAGGUGCCAGGCAAGACAUGAGGUGGGUGUUCGUGUGGCUCACGAAAGCGGAGGCAUUGUGGCACCAGCGGUACGUCGUGGGAACGGUGGGGUCGUCGGAGAUUGACUUCUUCGUCACCUCGCCCAAUGACGGCACCUGCGAGGAGUCGUGCGCGGAGACCAAGUCUGACAUCAUCAUUCACGAGUUCCUCGUGAAGACCCAGCGCGGCCUGGACGAGAGCGCCCGCGCCAACGAAGGGCGCCCCGUAUUCGAGGAUGUGGGGCCGCCCACCCACGGGGGCUCCUGUCGGGCGAGCAGCGAUUUGCUCGGCUGGAGAUUCGAGUCGACCUCUGCGGCAGCGGCACCGCGGCCCGCGGUUCGCCGCGAACUUCGGCGGGUCGCUGCGCCGCCCCCGCUGCUGCGCCUGGACCUGUCGGCAAAGUGGGCCACGCAGGCCACCGCCGCCGACGCGUCGCCGCGGGGGCGAGGGGUCUCCGCGGCAACCGUUGACGCGAACGCCAGCAGUUCUCGCGGAGCUCAGAGGAGGGCGCCCACGCUCGGGCACACGCCGCCAUGGCAGGACAUCGCCUCAAGGCUCAAGACAGCGGUGCCUGGUCUCUGGCAGCAGCUGCGAGAUUCCAAAAACCAUCAGGGGGAGAUCUCGUUCCUCGCUGACGCGAUGUCCGUCGCCCUCAUGAGUUAG